AUAUAUUUGGAGCUGAACAAAAAAGUGAAUAUCCUACACGUGAUUUUGCAUUGACAUUUGUACAAAAUUCUCAUAACAAAUAAUCAAACGUGCGCUUCCAUAAAAUGUGACAAUCUUUUAUCAGAUUAAGUACUUAUGUUGACCUCCCUUCUCGCAGGAUCCAGCACACACACGCACACACAAUCCACGAGACCUUAUUAGCAGGUCAAAUAAGUCGUUCAAACUUGCUUGCUUUGGUAAAUUAACGCUCAGUCGGAUGAGGGAGAUGUCCGGCUAUUGGCCAAGAGUUAGAGGGCACGUCAUCCCCAUCCAUCACCGAUCGAAUGUUUCUACAAGGCAUGUCCCUGUCUAGAUCGGUGCCUCCGUCCUUUUGCGCGCUAUGUGUGGCGUCUGUGGAUGGAGUUUCGCGUCCAGCCUCGGAUGAAAAUCUGGAAUAUAUGAGCUGCGGUCAUGAAUUCUUAUCAAGGGUUCAGGGACACCACGUCACUUUUCAUCAAGGGCUAUCGUGCUACUGGAGUAAUGCGUCUGCAUCAGGACCACGGAUCAACUGCUGACUUCCCAAGCAGAGAGGAUGUCAACACCGAGGCGGAUUUUCUUCAAUAUCAUUUCACGAAUCUCAGUACCACGGCCACAGGCGCGUGCUCAAAGCCCUGUGAAGACCCUGGCCGUGCUAACUCUACCAGACCCCCCUUCCCCCAAAAUCAAAAUUUCUAUAGACCAGUGCACCCCAAUCGACCCCAAGUCCCCUCCUUCCAAAGCUGUCGUGAGCAGGGUCUCUCCAGAACGGGCUUCUCGCCUUCAUCAGACACUUUCAGAACUUUCUCCAGCGCGCAUUGUGAACUCGGCCCUGUCAACAACACACACCAAGAAGUGCGCGCAUGCGACGGCCCAGUGCGUCACUCCGCAGUGGAGGAUGAUAAUACUGGACACGGGGCUCUAAACACGUUAAACGAGACUUUGCACAGUGGAAAGACAUUCGAAUGGAUGAGAGUGAGGAGAAAUCAGUCCCGUGCAGCUAAGAUACAAAUGGGGAAAUGCUCGGACCGGGAGCUGAAAACGGACCACGGACGAGAUUCUGACGAGGACCCUUCGAGUGGAGCCUCGCGAACUAAUUUUACCACCAAACAGCUCACAGAACUUGAAAAGGAGUUUCAUUUCAACAAAUAUCUGACUCGAGCCAGACGGAUAGAGAUCGCAAACCCUCUCCAGCUGAGCGAAACACAAGUGAAGAUCUGGUUUCAGAACAGACGUAUGAAGCAGAAGAAAAUGCUGCGGGAAGGCCUAGUUCCAGGAUUAAUGCUGAUUUCUGGAUGUGACGAAGACUCGAAAAAAUCAUCUGACACUUGUUCAUCUCCUGAAUAAACAAUUUCAUUAGGGUAAGAUUGUUGUGGGCUACAAACUGUGAACAAUCACGUGAGAAUUAAACGCAAGAGAAAAGAGUGAUUCUGUUGAAAUAUCGAAAUAUAUUUGCACGCCCGAAUUUAAGUUUGCACCCCACAUAUAAAUAUUUAUUUAUCGAUCCAGUUUAAGAUAUUAAAGUAAUGAAUCUGACACAAAUAAAGCUUGCAUACCUGUUGAGACAAGCGGAGAGGUAUUAUUAAAUAAAAAGGCACUUUAUAGCUUAUACAAUAUUAUAUUAAGUUCUAUAUGUGUAUCUAUAUUUUUUGUAAUUGAAGAUUAUAAAAGAAUCAUUCGCUUCAAUUAAUAAGUCGCAACAGAAUCCUGAUCAGGGUUCAAUGCAAACGUGUCACGAAAAUUCCUUGCCUAUUUAAAACAUCAGGUUAAAUGCAAAAAAAAGUUUGUCAAAACUUGUCACUU